AUGUUUAUAAGGGUUGAAGACAUGAGACGUUACCAGAACAACGCCCAACCCGCCCCAGCGCGGACAGAGACCAGAAGGACCAACAAAGAGCCCAUUCCACGGGACCAUAACCGUUCCUCAGAACGCAGACCAGCAAAAUUCUCGAACUACGCCCCCCUCAACGCACCCCGGUCCCGCAUACUCGAUGAAGUCCUGCAAGCGGAGCUCCUCCCCCCACCCAGGAAGUAUCAAAACCCGCCUAACGCAGAUUUGAGCAAGUAUUGUCACUACCACCGCAACAAUGGCCACACCACCGACGAAUGCGACACUCUACGAGACAAAAUAGAAGAACUCAUCCGAGUCGGACAUCUAAGGCACUAUAUAAGAGAAGUUGGGGCAGGUCCACCUAGACCCCACUACGACAAGAACGAUAACAGGCGGACCGAGCGACGCAAUGACCAAAGAGUCGAACACAGAGAGCCCAGGAGAGAGCCAGCCAGAGCACAGAACGCGGAACAAAGGGAACCACCGCAGCCGCAACCGCGACGAGCAGAUGACAAACCCCCCUUACGAGGAACGAUCAAUACAAUAUCAGGGGGAUUCGCAGGAGAAGGGAGGUCCUCCUCAUCGAGGAAGAGGCACCUGAGAGCCGUCCAGCAAAUACACGUAGUAUCCAGCCGAACGCAAAGAAGAGUGUCGCUCAUCACUUUCUCAGACUCUGACUUUCAGGGAACCGACCCCAACCAAGACGACCCCAUGGUCAUAACUGUAGAAGUCGAGAACUUCGCGGUAAAGAAGGUUAUCAUUGAUCAAGGGAGCUCUGUGGACAUCUUGUAUUGGAAAACAUUCAACAAGAUGCAAAUACCCCUCGCUGACCUAACCCCUCACAAUGAGCCCAUAUACGGAUUCUCAGGUGAGAGAGUCCCCACCAAAGGGUACAUCGACCUUCACACAACGUUCGGAUAG